AGAACCUUUCAGGCGUACAGGCCAUCGACUUACUUCUUGCCUAAUGACGGUGUAGGCAUCUUCUCUUUUGCUUCUGCAUCUCACCAUGAUCAUUCCUACUGGAUUUAUCAGCCACAACGCUAUCGCUAACUAUACCGUCAUGAUCAAAGAUGGAACAAGAUCGCUUAGAUAUGUUCCAUGAAGUCUGGCUGCAGCUUCUUGAUCGUCAGCUUGGGUUAGCACCAGUGAAAAGUCCUCUCAACGUUCUCGAUAUUGCCACCGGAACCGGAAUCUGGGCCUUCCAGUUCGCCGAUGACCACCCCGAUUCUCGCGUAAUAGGGACUGACCUCAGCAUGAUACAACCGAGUGCAGUGAGGAUGCUACCGAAUUGCACCUUCGUCAGAGAAGACUCCGAGGAGCAUUGGAUUUUUGAUCACAAGUUUGAUUAUAUCCAUAUGCGGGCAGUUUGCAGCUGCUUCAACGACCCCUUGACAGUUAUACAGCAUUCCUUUGACAAUCUCAAUGCAGGUGGUUGGGUUGAGAUUCAGGACGUCUGCAUGGAACUACACGGCGUCGACAAAACCAUCGAAGACACCGAACUUCAGAGAUUCUGCAGACUCGGAAGACAAGGAUUCCAGCUUCUCGGACGGGACGUUGUAGACCGAGUAUUUCGGUACAAGAAGUGGCUUAUCGAUGCGGGAUUCGUCGACGUAAUUGAGAAGCGCCUCCCCGUUCCAGUCAAUCCAUGGCCGCGGGAUGCCCGGCUCAAAAACCUCGGGAGGUACAACCACGCACAACUAUACGAGGGAAUGAAAAGCGGGGCUGUGAAGACGUUACCUGCCGCCGGCCUAUCGCCCCAGUUGGCCGAGGAGCUCCUAAAUCGUGCCCUGAAAGAUUUAUCCAAUACUUCUAUUCACGGAUACCUCCCAUUUUAUGUCGUAUAUGGACGAAAGCCGUACACUGACGAGGCCGGUUCGAAUUCCGGGCACGGCACGACCCCCUCUGUCAGUUAGCCAGUUGAAACAGAUGCAUCGAAGCCGGAAUCAAGAGCCGAGCCUGUCCGCAGCCGCCGUCAUAACUGCAUGGAUUUGGAAAGACGGACGUUUUCAGUCAAUGGACUGACACACCGGCCACCGACCGUUGUUGACGUAUAAUGCGGCCUUCACCCGGUACUGGAGUAUUAAUAGUUACUUGGAAG